CUAAACAAAAAAUAUGAUUUGGAAUUAAAGAAAUAAAGACUAAAGCUUGUUCGCCAAAAUUUGGAGGGGGGGCCUGAUUUUAUGUCCACCACCGCCUUCUUCAUCCACCGUCGUUGAUUCCCUCCGCCGCUACCUUCCCACAGACCCACUAAUCUCUUCUUCAUCCAAUCCUACCUCUCAUCGAUCAUUCCCCCGAUCCAUCGUUGUCCAUGGCCAACGAGCAAGUGCCUCCUUCUCCAUCGUCUUCCUCCACUGAUGUCGUCUCUCCGUUGGGCAACUCCGUCAUCCCAAUAGUGAACAAGCUUCAGGACAUUUUCUCUCAGUUGGGUAGCCAAUCCACCAUUGAGCUCCCUCAAGUUGCUGUCGUUGGUAGUCAGAGCAGUGGCAAGUCCAGCGUACUAGAAGCUCUCGUUGGUCGCGAUUUCUUGCCGAGGGGUUCUGAUAUCUGCACGCGGCGGCCAUUGGUGCUUCAGCUUGUGCAGACUAAGUCUGAGGAGGAGUAUGGGGAGUUCUUGCACAUAACCGGGAAGAAAUUCUACGACUUUUCUGAAAUUCGAAGGGAAAUUCGUGCUGAGACUGAUCGGGAGGCUGGUGGAAAUAAAGGUGUCUCAGACAAGCAAAUUCGUUUGAAGAUCUUUUCACCAAAUGUUCUUGAUAUAACUCUGGUUGAUCUUCCUGGUAUAACCAAAGUUCCAGUUGGAGAUCAACCUUCUGAUAUUGAAGCUCGCAUUCGUACAAUGAUUAUGUCAUACAUUAAAGUUCCAAGUUGUUUGAUUCUUGCCGUUACACCAGCAAAUUCUGAUUUGGCCAAUUCAGAUGCUCUUCAGAUUGCUGGAAAUGCUGAUCCUGAUGGUCUUAGAACGAUUGGGAUAAUCACAAAGCUAGACAUAAUGGAUAGAGGCACUGAUGCACGUAAUCUUUUGUAUGGAAAAGUGAUUCCAUUGCGGCUUGGCUACUUUGGUGUUGUGAAUCGAAGUCAGGAGGAUAUCUUACUCAACCGGAGUAUUAAAGAUGCACUUAUAGCUGAGGAGAAAUUUUUCCGCAGCCAUCCAGUAUAUGAUAGUCUGGCUGAUCGAUGUGGUGUUCCUCAGUUGGCAAAGAAGUUGAACCAGAUUUUAGUGCAACAUAUAAAUGCAAUUCUACCUGGGUUAAAGUCACGCAUAAGCUCUGCACUAGUUUCAGCUGCCAAGGAGCAUGCCAGUUAUGGAGAAAUCACGGAGUCAAAGGCUGGUCAAGGUGCUCUUCUUCUGAACAUUUUAUCAAAAUAUUGUGAAGCAUUUUCAUCAAUGGUUGAUGGGAAGAAUGAAGAAAUGUCAACAUCUGAACUCACUGGUGGAACUCGUAUUCACUAUAUUUUUCAAUCAAUCUUCGUGAAAAGUUUAGAGGAAGUAGAUCCUUGUGAGGACUUGACUGAUCUUGACAUCCGAACUGCUAUCCAGAAUGCAACUGGUCCUAAAUCUGCUUUAUUUGUUCCCGAAGUUCCUUUUGAAGUUCUUAUUCGCAAGCAAAUAGCUCGCUUAUUAGAUCCAAGCCUUCAGUGUGCAAGGUUCAUAUAUGAUGAACUAAUAAAGAUUAGCCAUCGUUGCAUGGUAAAUGAACUACAAAGAUUUCCUGUCUUAAGGAAGCGCAUGGAUGAAGUUAUGAGCAAUUUUUUACGAGAAGGUCUUGAACCCUCAGAGAUCAUUAUUGGGCAUAUUAUUGAUAUGGAGAUGAACUACAUAAACACUUCACAUCCAAAUUUUAUUGGUGGAAGCAAGGCUGUUGAGAUUGCAUUGCAACAAGUGAAGUCCUCUAGGGUUUCCCUGCCUAUUUCCAGACAGAAGGAUAGUAUAGAGUUUGAUAAGGCCACAUCAUCAGAGAGAAGUUUGAAAACUGUUGGGAUUCUGGCAAGGCAAGUAAACGGCAUUGUAGCGGAUCAGCCUGUUCGUCCAGUGGCAGAAGGUGAAAAAGUUGCUCCUGGGAAUUCCACUUGGGGUAUUUCAGCUAUUUUUGGCAGUACUAGCAGUGAUGGCCAUGCUCCAGUUAAAGAAAAUUCAUCAAAAAAAUCAUUUGGCGAGCCUUUGCAUGGUGUGGAGCAAUCUUUCUCAAUGAUCCACUUGAGAGAGCCACCAGCUGUCUUGAGGCCCUCAGAAAACCUUACGGAGCAGGAGGCUAUGGAAAUUGCUAUAACUAAACUGCUAUUGAGAUCCUACUAUGACAUCGUUAGGAAGAAUAUACAGGACUAUGUACCCAAGGCGAUCAUGAACUUCCUAGUAGUCCACGCCAAACGAGAUCUGCACAAUGUAUUCAUCAAAAAACUUUACCGAGAGAACCUGUUUGAAGAAAUGUUACAGGAGCCAGAUGAAGUGGCAAUGAAGAGAAAGCGUACUAGGGAAACUCUCCGCGUACUUCAGCAGGCUUUUCGGACAUUGGAUGAAUUACCUCUGGAGACUGAAACCGUUGAAAAGGGAUACAAUGUGGGUGCCGAUCCAACGGGACUACCGAGGAUCCAUGGACUGCCAACAUCAUCAAUGUAUUCUACAUCCAGUUCCGGUGAUUCAUAUUCUGCUUCUCCAAGGCAUCUGAAAUCCCGUAAGUCGUCUCAUUCAGGGGAGCUCUUGUCUACAUUCCAUCCUAAUGCUGAUUCUAACGGAAAUGGAUUCUCCUAAACCCCAGGAAAUUAUCCGCCUACUAAUCUGUAAGACUUCCAAUGUGCAUAAGAUUCCAAUCAUUACCGAAUGAAGGCAAUAUAUUUGAUUUACUGCUACCAAGUCUUGGAGUUUUACCAUCCAGAAUUAUCCAAGAUAUUAACAUCUUUUCCUCUACACAACUUCCUGUCUAUCUUGAUAUACUUUAGUGUUAGAUUGCAUUAUUUAUGAAGCUGCCAUUAGAAUAAAUAGGGAGCAGAUGAACUCUCCAUUUUUUGGAAAAUCAGCUGAUUGUAAAAAUAUACUGCCAGUGAAAUUGGUCAGAUUUUGGAAUCAAUGUCUAAUUUUGGAGCUCCUAUAGUUCAUCAAUUGUAAUUUUCCCUUUUCUUUUC